GCGGCGGCGGCGGCGGCGGCGGCUCGCGGGGCGAUGAACGGCUCGGCCAACCCGCUGCUGGACAAAGAAGAGCACCCGCUGCAGCUGGGCGAGAGCUUCGAGCGGCACCCCAAGGCCUCCUUCCACACCAUCCGCUAUGAUUUCAAGCCAGCAUCAAUAGACACAUCCUGUGAGGGGGAGCUGCAAGUCGGUAAAGGGGAUGAAGUUACAAUUACAUUACCCCAUAUCCCAGGUUCUACUCCUCCAAUGACUGUGUUCAAAGGAAAUAAAAGACCAUACCAAAAGGAUUGUGUACUGAUCAUCAAUCAUGAUACUGGAGAAUAUGUGCUUGAAAAACUAAGCAGCAGCAUUCAAGUCAAAAAGACAAGAGCUGAAGGCAGUAGCAAAAUCCAGGCCCGCAUAGAACAGCAGUCUGCCCGAGGCUCACAGCCUUCCACCCAGUUCAGAACUCCUCCAAAGCCCGUGGCUGGUCCCAAAACUUCCCCGCUGAAAGACAACCCUUCACCAGAGCCUCAGCUGGAUGACAUUAAAAGAGAGCUGAGAGCUGAAGUCGAAAUUAUUGGGCAGAUGAGCAGCAGUAGCGGCAGCAGCUCGUCAGAUUCGGAGAGCUCCUCUGGGAGUGAUGAUGAAUCCUCCAGCAGCGGCGGCGAGGAGGCUGCGCACCCUUCCCCUUCUCAGCAGUACAAUAACAAAAAUGCUGUUGUCAACGGCACCAGUAGGCCACAAGGAAGCAAUCAGUCCUUGAACACUCUCAGAAAUGACUUGCAGUUGAGUGAAUCUGGAAGUGACAGUGAUGAUUAGACCAAGGUUUCCUGUUACAGAUGUGUCAAGGUGCAUCAAGAGUAAUACUGAUGAAGAAUCUGGCUUGGGACUCUGCCGUAUGAAUGUGGCAUCAACUAACAUGUCACCUUUUGAGAACGUUCCGAAACAAUGGCUAAUACUCGAUUUACCAUUUGUAUAAAUUGUGUAUGUUGUGUAUAUUCUUUUAAAGUUUUAAAUAGAUACGAAUAUACUACUCUGAUACAGUAAUCUGUGUUCUGAUGUGCUGACACUUUAUAAAGCUAUAAGGAUGAUUAUCACAAUAUACUCCCAGUAUGAAGAUGGAUCGACAGGAAGGAGGGGCCUGAGAUGAGUGCAUAGAACAGAUUGUGUCAUUUCGGACAGAAGGUGGGGUUAUUGCAGUCUUUGAACACUUCUUCUGUUUAAAAAACAGUCCCCACAAAUACAAAAUUAACAUUGCGUGGAGGAUGGGCUAGUUUUCGGUCCCUGAGGAGUUAUUUU